GUCAAUGGAGGAUCUAAAGAGGGUUGGGGUGAUGAAUGAAUGGAUGGAAUUCUAAUGAUUUCGAGUUCAGCAUGGCCGACUCGGAGGGAAAGUUCUGUUUUGCCAUCGAUCGAGGUGGAACCUUCACCGAUGUGUUCGCUCGUCUGCCGGACGGAAAAGAGCGAGUGAUGAAGCUCCUCUCGCACGACCCGCAGAACUACAGAGACGCCCCUACGGAGGGCAUCCGGCGCAUUCUGCAAGAGGAAACAGGAAACAGUUUUCCCCGUGAUGAGCCUCUGGACUCGUCUCUGAUUGGUUGGAUCCGCAUGGGCACCACAGUGGCAACCAACGCGCUGUUAGAGCGGCAAGGAGAAAAGAUGGCGCUGGCCGUGACCCGCGGCUUCAAACACCUACUGCACAUCGGCACACAGGCUCGACCCGACCUCUUCGACCUGGAAGUCCGAAUGCCCAAUAUGCUUUACGAAGAGGUCAUUGAAGUAGAUGAAAGAGUCGUCCUGAAGAAAGAUAACUGCCGUCUGCCGAGCAAAGAACCGAAGCGGAUCGUCAAAGGUAGUACAGGUGAGAGUUUGGAGGUGUGGACUGAGUUGGACCUGCAGCAGCUGGAGAAAGACCUGACAGACGUGAUGUCUCGGGGAAUUACCAGCCUUGCUGUGCUGCUACUGCACUCAUACAUGUGUGUACCGGAUCAUGAGCAGGCGGUGGGUUCUCUGGCUCGGUGGCUCGGUUUCUCUCAGGUGUCUCUCUCGAGCGAGGUGAUGCCGAUGGUCAGAGCUGUACCUCGAGGUUACACCGUGUGUGUGGACUCAUACCUCACCCCCAAAAUACACCAGUACAUCAGUGCCUUCACCUCUGGCUUCAAGGGGCAGCUCGCUGAUGUAGACGUGUUGUUCAUGCAGUCAGACGGAGGUUUGACUCCUAUGGAACAGUUCUGUGGUUCUCGGGCCGUUCUGUCCGGUCCGGCUGGAGGAGUCGUGGGUUACGCCCUCACUGCGUACACACACACACAUCACACACCCGUCAUCGGCUUUGACAUGGGAGGUACUUCUACAGACGUGAGUCGCUAUGCUGGUCAGUAUGAACACGUUUUCGAGUCCACGACAGCCGGGGUCACGUUGCAGGCGCCUCAGCUGGACAUCAACACCGUGGCGGCGGGUGGAGGAUCCAGACUUUUCUUCAGAUCUGGGAUGUUUGUGGUGGGUCCCGAGUCGGCCGGAGCUCAUCCUGGUCCCGCUUGUUAUCGAAAAGGAGGUCCUCUCACAGUUACAGAUGCUAAUUUAGCUCUUGGUCGUCUACUCCCUUCGUUUUUCCCUCACAUUUUCGGCCCUGGAGAGAACGAGCCUCUCUCCACAGAUGAAACCAUGAGGCAUUUCCAGAAGCUCACCGAAGAGAUUAACCACUUUCUUUCUACUGGCCAAUCGCUAUGCGAUGGCCACGGUGACGCAAACAUCGGCGCGUCGAAAAGUAGCCGAUCAGAAAUGAGCGUGGAGGAGGUCGCUAUGGGAUUCGUCAGAGUUGCGAAUGAGGCGAUGUGUCGGCCAAUCAGAGCACUGACUCAGGCUAAGGGCCACGAUACGUCUCAGCACGCGCUGGCGUGUUUUGGAGGCGCAGGAGGGCAACACGCUUGUGCCAUUGCACGAACGCUAGGCAUGAAAACCGUCUACAUACAUAAGUACAGUGGUGUGUUAUCAGCAUACGGUUUGGCUCUAGCCGAUGUGGUAGAGGAGGUCCAGGAGCCGUGUUCUCUGCAGUACAACACAGACUCGUACUCGGAGCUUGACCGCCGAAUCCAGAACCUCUCACAGCGCAGCCACGAUACACUGCGCAAACGUGGAUUCAAUAGUUCUCAGAUCAGUAUGGAGGUUUUCCUGCACAUGCGUUAUGAGGGAACAGACUGCGCUCUCAUGAUCAGCGCCAGUGAAGCUCCAGCUCACGCUCAGUCCUGCUGCUCCGGAGAUUUCCGUACCGCCUUCACCACACGCUACAUGAAGGAGUUUGGCUUCACUAUCACUGACAGACCCAUAACGGUGGAUGACGUCCGAGUUCGCGGAUCAGGGAAAUCUGGAAUCAGGACAACAGCCGCAACUCAGGCAGGAAGCCACCCAUCAAAACCAGUACAGGUGACCAAGUGUUACUUUGAGGACCGGUAUCUGGACACAGGCGUGUUCCUGUGGGAGGAUCUAUCAUGUGACCAGAGCAUCGAUGGACCGGCGAUCAUCAUUGACAAGAACAGCACCAUCCUGGUGGAACCGGGCUGCUCGGCCCGUCUGACCGCUAACGGAGACGUGUGUAUCGCCGUGGGAACAGACAGAAAGUGUGCACUGGGGACGGAACUGAACGCGGUGCAGCUGUCCAUCUUCUCACAUCGCUUCAUGAGCAUCGCAGAGCAGAUGGGCCGAGUGCUACAGAGGACCUCCAUAUCCACCAAUAUUAAGGAGAGGCUGGAUUUCUCCUGCGCUGUGUUUGGACCUGAUGGAGGCCUGGUGUCGAACGCUCCUCACAUUCCUGUUCACCUGGGAGCCAUGCAGGAGACUGUACAGUACCAGUUGAGGACGAUAGGCAGUAAUAUGAAGGAGGGAGACGUGAUCCUAAGUAAUCACCCGUGUGCUGGAGGAAGCCACCUGCCUGACCUCACCGUCAUCACACCGGUGUUCCGUCACGGAGUGAGCAGCCCAGUGUUUUUUGUGGCCAGCAGGGGGCAUCACGCUGAUAUCGGGGGCAUCACGCCGGGCUCCAUGCCCCCUCACUCUACCAGUCUUCAGCAGGAGGGGGCGGUCUUCACCUCUUUUAAACUCGUCACUGAAGGAGUCUUCCAGGAGCAGGCCGUAACCGAGGCCCUCCAGGCUCCUGCCCGUUACCCAGGAUGCUCCGGGACACGUAAUCUCCAUGACAACCUGUCAGACCUGAGAGCUCAGGUGGCGGCCAAUCAGAGAGGAAGUCAGCUGGUGGGGGAGCUGAUCGACACCUAUGGUCUGGACGUGGUGCAGGCAUACAUGGGUUACAUUCAGAGCAAUGCAGAACUGGCUGUCAGAGACAUGCUGAGGGAAUUUGCAAGGCGGCGGCGUGAGCAGAGCGGCUCGCUAGAUGUGGAAGCUGAAGACCAGAUGGACGACGGAACUCCGAUUAAACUCAGAGUGCAGAUAAACGAACUGGAGGGCAGUGCAGUGUUUGAUUUCUCAGGUUCUGGUCCGGAGGUGUGGGGAAACUGUAACGCUCCUCGUGCCAUCACUCUCUCCGCUCUCAUUUACUGUCUACGCUGCAUGGUGGGACAGAGCAUCCCUCUCAACCAGGGCUGUCUGACUCCCAUCACAGUGGUCAUCCCUGCUGGCUCCAUCCUGCAGCCUUCCCAGAAUGCCGCAGUGGUGGGAGGAAAUGUGCUGACAUCACAGCGAGUCGUGGACGUCAUCUUCCGGGCGUUCGAAGUGUGUGCUGCGUCUCAGGGCUGUAUGAACAACAUCACAUUCGGCAAUGAGAAGUGCGGCUACUAUGAAACGGUUGGGGGUGGGGCGGGGGCGGGGCCAGGCUGGAACGGGCGGAGUGGAGUCCACAGUCACAUGACUAACACGCGCAUCACAGAUCCUGAGAUUCUGGAGAAAAGGUAUCCGGUGGUGUUGGAGCAGUUCUCCCUGAGGCCCGGGUCUGGUGGUGCCGGUGGGUAUCGUGGGGGUGAUGGUGUGAUCCGGAAGCUUCUCUUCAGAGAUGAAGUGGUUCUGUCAGUGCUGACGGAGAGACGGUCAACACGGCCAUACGGUCUGCAUGGAGGAGAGAGUGGAACAGCUGGACUGAAUCUGUUACAGCGAGCUGAUGGACGAGUGUUAAACCUGGGAGCAAAGACCUCCGUCAGCCUGCAGCCUGGGGACAGGUUUAUUCUUCACACCCCUGGAGGAGGAGGUUACGGUAGAGCGGGGGAGGAGGAGAAGGAGGAAAGGAAGCCGCACUCGUCCUCUGAGCGGCGCUGUUUAACCCAAGUGUUUGCUGAGAGAGGAAGUGUGUACGACUUUCAGCGAACUCAGGAGAGCGUCUGAGCAUAAAACUAGGAAAUUCCAAGUUGAUUUAAUGCAGCUAAAACAGUAAUGACUGAACUUGUGCUUAUACUCCAUCUGUGGUUACCUGAUCUGCAUCGCCUACCUGAUUUGUGCAUGUUUAAAUCCACGUCUUAUCACGUCCAUGUUCUUGAGGACCAGGCGUUGUUAUAAACCGCGUUGGUUAUUGGAUCGUUGGUCGUUUUUAUACGUUGUAAUUACAAUAUAUAAUUAUAAUAACGGAGAGUAGUUUUAUGUUUUUAAAACAUUUUGCCUUUUACGACCUUUUUCUUAUUGUGCAGUUUAGUUUUGUAACAUCUUUUUUACAUGUAGCGAUAAAGCAUUAACGUGUUAGUAGGCAGAAUUGUCGCCACACCAAACAAAUCUUCUACUCUCCGAUAUUGUCUUGAAACACUAACAGCGCCACCUGUAGAGCAGGAGCAGAUGUACAUGAUGUAACUAUAAAUGAAUUAAAAAGUUCAAUACUGUUACUUUCUGUCUCUUCAAACCUCAUUAAAAUCUUUUCUGGUUCUAAAUAA